CUUUUGUUGGUCGCUUAUGACAGUCCAGGGAGAGGUAUCCACAAUUUGAAGAUCUUCCUUCAACAGCUCUAUAAACCAUGACCAGGAUGAGGUAUUUUCAAUCUCAACAAUUGCCCAUGCAAUAGGGAACAUGUUGUUGUUUGCAUCCCUUCCAACUGCUGUGAGUAUUUCUCCCUUCAAUAAGCCUUUUAAGAAACAUCCAUCUAACCCAAUUAUCUUUCUGCAGCCUUCUAAGAAACCCUUUUUCAUUGGACCAAAGCAGCAAUAAAAUCUCUGGAAGAAGCAUGGGCCAUCAUCAACUACUGUGGAAGUCAUGAUCUUGAUGGUACUGUUGGGAAUAGAAUCCAGCAACUCUUGAGCGUAAUCUAUAAGCCUGUUAAACUGUUCUGCAAAGCUGGCAUUUAUUCUCUUCUUAAUGCCUCGUACAGCCCUCCUCACCAUGCUAAAUGAAACAUGAAUUCCCAGUUCAGCCUCUAUGUGCUCCUUUAAGGACACAUACCCAAUACAGGGGUCAUCUCUAACCUUAUCCUCAUAUUUCUCUUCUAUCCAUUUUUCAGACACAACUCUCAACUUGAACUUUGGGUUACAUAAGUGUUUGGUCUGCAUGCUUUUAACUUGGAAGUAUUUGAACCUUUCUUCCCAACUUGCAUAACAGGAAAAAGGGCAGUUUUCCUGAAUGCAUUGUGCCCGGACUCUCAUUGGUUCGUUCCUCUUAAAGAAUAUAUUCUUCUUGUGGUGCACAACAUAUUUAAUUAGGGCACUCUUAAAUUGAAUGUUGUCCUCAAAUAGCAUCCCAGGCUCAAUAUCAGGAGGUUCACUCUGUGGGUUGUAUGAAGGAUGAUGGUCUUUAAGCUUGGACUCCACUUCAUCUUCAUUCAUACCUGAGGCAUUUGAAACAUAGCUUGGUGGGUUAUCAGAAGGGUACAACAUCAUGCUAUCUUCAUAGUCCUCAUCCUCUUCCUCAUGCACAGACUCCUUAUUCUUCUGUGGUCUUGUCCCCAAAACCUCCUCAGUAUCAGAACCAUUGUCAUUAUCAGAACCAUCUUCAUUACUGAGAGGAGGGUCUUCUUGGCUCUCCAAAUCUUCAUCAUCAUCAAGUGUCUGAAUUUCAACAUCACAAAGCUCAAGAGUGUCAGCCAUCUCAGUUCCAACAUUGUCAUUUUGAUCCAUAGCACUAACACCAGUGUCAGUUGCAGCCCUCUCAGGUUGAUUGCCUGAAUCUUUCUUUCUUCUUGCUUUCAACUUCUUGGUCCUUUUGAUCCUCACAACUGCAUCAACACAUGUUUGCCUUUCCACUUCAUGCAGGCCUCCAUCACAAUCACCAAUCCGGUCAACUGAACUUCCUAGGUGAUCAACACAGUUGGAAGGUUUAAGCAAAUACAAUUCACAAACUCCAGCAGAGGACAACCUCACCAUGUCCAAUGUGGAUCAAUGGCACCUACGCAAAAGUAUCUGAAAGAUGUUGUUCCGACCUUACCAAAGGGUACUGCUUUUAUGGUGAUGGUCAUCAGAAAAUGGAACGAGAAGUUUGGAUUGUAAAAUCCAACAACCAAAUCCGUUGAAAUGAUUUUCAUGGAUGAAAAGAGUGCGACAAUUCAAGCGACGAUUCCAAUUGAACUUAUUGGUAAAUUCGAAUAUGUUCAAGAAGGAUUAAUUUAUGCUAUCGUGCACCCAGAUGUGAAGAAUAUCGAAGGAAGAUAUAGGGUCACUGGUCAUCCAUACCGCUUUGAGUUUACUCCAUUCACAAAAUUUCUGCAUCGAGAACAAACAAUCGGUCUUAGUUUUCCACCGUCUAGGUUCAGAAUUUCUAGCUUCGCGGAUAUUCAGAACCCAGAAAGCAGUCAAGAUCCCUAUUUGAUAGCAAAAAACCAAAAAAGGUGAUUGGUAUGCUGAUUCCGGCCUGAAAAACCUGGA